AUGAUAUGCCAUGAACAUCAGAAAGUUCCAAAAAGAUUGGAACGAUUACCUGAUAUAGCCCUACCAUCGCAUUAUACCUUAGUUUUUACGCCUGAUCUAGAAAAAUUCGUUUUUCAAGGAGAGGAAGUUAUCGAUGUGCAGGUAACUAAACCAACCGAUUAUUUGAAAUUGCAUGCUAGUGCUAUCGACAUCCAAAAAGCAUCAGUUACUCUCAAAGAUGGCACAGAAUGGAAUGGUCUCAGUAUUGAUUAUGAUCAAAAGUGGGAAUUAAUUACAAUUCGAUUACCGACUGAAGUUCAACCGCAGGAAAUAAAAAUUUCUCUUGUUUUUACCGGAAUCCUUAAUGAUAUUAUGCGUGGUUUUUAUCGGUCGAGCUACAAGGAUGCCGGUGAUGUUGAAAAGUUUAUGGCCAGCACUCAAUUUGAGAGUUCGCACGCAAGAAUGUGUUUUCCAUGUUGGGAUGAACCAAUUUAUAAAGCCAAAUUCGAUAUAAGUCUUAUAGUUGAACAAUCUUUGACGGCAUUGUCAAAUAUGAAUUGUAUUGAUGAAAAAAUCAUUAAUGGUAAAAAAUUUGUUAAAUUUGCUACCUCUCCAUUGAUGUCAACUUAUCUUGUUGCUCUCGUUGUUGGUGAUUUAGAAUUCAUCGAGGACAAAACUAAUAGCGGUUGUAUUGUAAGAGUUUACUCGACUCGUGGAAAAAAAGAUAAAUGUUAUUUUGCUUUAUCAGUUUUAAAAAAAACAAUUGGAUGGUAUAGCGAUUGGUUUGGAAUUCCUUAUGCAUUACCGAAAUGUGAUAUGGUCGCAAUACCUGAUUUCAGCAUGCUGUUAUAUAUCGAAACUGAUUCGUAUUUGCCUUAUUUAGAGGCUAUGGAGAAUUGGGGAUUGCUAACAUUUCGUGAAUUAGCUGUGUUAACCGAUCCAAAAAAAACAUCGAAACGUCUUGAAACCUUAAUAGCUCUCGUUAUUGCCCAUGAAGCAGCACAUCUGUGGUUUGGAAAUUUAGUAACUAUGAAGUGGUGGACGGAUUUAUGGCUUAAAGAAGGAUUUGCAUCUUUUAUGGAAUAUAUGUUCGUUGAUGCCAAUUAUCCUGAAUAUAACGUUUGGCUAAAUUUUUUGAAUGAUGAAUUGGCUCACGGAUUUCAGUUAGAUGCAUUGAAGAGUUCGCAUCCCAUUGAGAUCGAAAUUGAUAAUCCUAAUGAGCUCGAUGAAAUCUAUGAUAGUAUCACUUAUAGCAAAUCUAAUUCCAUUAUUCGUAUGUUGUGCAACAUGUUGGGAGUCAAAAAAUUUCAAGAAGGGCUUCGAAUAUAUCUUAAGCGUUAUCAGUAUAAAAAUGCAGAAACUGUUGAUCUCUGGGAUGCUUUAAGUGAAACGUCUGGCCUUGAUGUGCGUGAAUUUAUGUCGGGUUGGACGAAACAAAUGGGCUAUCCUCUUGUUGUUGUUCAACAAGAAAAGAAAGAUGGUGGAAUUAUUCUACAUUUACGCCAAGAAAAAUUCAGUUUUAAUCCUAAGCAAACUAAUGACACUAUUUGGCAGGUACCAAUAACCAUUGCAUCAGUCAGUGAUCCUGAUAAUAUAAAGAAAAUUUUGUUGUUAAAAAAUCGUGAAAAUAAAUUUAUAAUGAGUGAAUUCAAGGCCGAUGAUUGUUUAAAGCUUAAUGUUGGCACCACAGGUUUUUAUCGCGUUUGUUAUGACUGUGGAAGCAAUCAGUUCGCCACAUUAUACCAAUGUUUACGUGAAAAAAAACUAUCAGCUCUUGAUCGUUUCGGUUUAGUUUGUGAUAUGGUUGCAUGGUUAAUAUCUUCGCGACAUAAUGCGAAAAUUUUCUUGCAACUUAUUGAAGAUUUGGUGAAUGAAGAUGAAUAUUCCGUCUGGAGUGAAAUCAAUUGUGGGCUUGCGAAAAUACUUGAUCUAAGCAAUUAUUAUGCUGACAAAUCAAUACAUAAUCGACUACUUUCUUAUAUCGCUAGUAGAUUGGAACCGGUUGGAAUGCGUUUAAAGUGGGAAUCAUCAGAGGAUGAAGAACCACAGAGAAAGUUUUUGCGAUCGUUAAUCUUACAACGAUUGGCUUCAUGCAAUCAUUUGCCUACGAUUGACAAAGCGCAAAAAAUAUUUCGCGAGCAUAUUGACAAAAACUUUGAUUUGAAUCCGGAUUUAAGAUCGAUGAUUUAUUCAACAGUUGCAAUGUAUGGUGGACAGGCGAUUUAUGAUGAGCUUAAACAAAUCUAUGAGAAGGCGGAACUUGAUGAAAUUAAACGUCACUGUAUCCUAGCUAUGGCACGAAUCCAAGACAGAAGACUUCGUACACAAGAAUAUCCAGUCCUUUUUGCUGGCGCAAGUCUUAGUAACAUCGGCCAAAAGUUCUUAUGGCCAUAUUUCAAGCGAAAAUCUAAUUUUAAGGAUAAUGUGAAGUUGCUGGUAAAAAACAUAGGAACAGUCAAUAGCAAGUUAUUCAUAAAUUGUUAUAAAUCCAGCGCAGAUUGGAUGAGCUUCGAGGGCUCCACCGAUGACGUUCAAAAGUUUAUUUGUUCUCAUUUAAAAGAAGAUGAAGCAAGAACAUUGAAUCGUACUACGGAGCAAAUCCUAGAAACUAUCUCGAUAAACACUCAAAUGUUAAAAAGCACUGAGUCUGAUGUAUCUAACUUUUUAACUGAGAAGGGUUUUUAA